AUGACCAUAACUACAGAGGCUGAAAGGCCGACAGACCUCGACCCUGAUCUCAAGACUGCAGCGACUGCAACUGCGACUGCAACCACCACCGGAAGACACGCGCCCACCACAGAGGAGAGUGAUCUGCAGGCUGAGAGCGAGGGCGAUUUUCCCGAUGACGAUUCAGCGCUCGGCGACGACGCUGCAAGUAGCACAGCAUCCAUCAAUUCAAGCAUCAUGGCCUAUCGCACUGAAAACGGAAGAACCUACCAUGCAUUUAGAGAAUCCAUCAAUUACGUGCUCCCUAAUGACUCGUCUGAGCAAGAACGUCUCGAUCUGCAACAUCACCUUUUCACACUUACCCUCGGCGGAAAGCUGUAUCUGAGUCCAUUGCAACGCGAUGAUAAGCCCCUGGGACGCGUUCUUGAUGCGGGAACAGGAACUGGCGUUUGGGCAAUUGACUUUGCCGACGCUCACCCAGAGACACAGGUCCUUGGAAUCGAUCUCAGUCCUAUCCAACCAAACUUCCUUCCAACAAACCUCGAAUUCCAAGUCGACGACCUCGAAGAUGAAUGGACAUACAACUACAAAUUCGACUUUGUCUUUGGCCGCAUGCUCACUGGCUCCAUCGGCGACUGGCCCAAGUUCUUCCAGCAAUCCUUCGACAGUCUCAACCCCGGCGGUUGGAUUGAGUGUCAAGAUAUAACCUUCCCCGGCGAAUCAGACGACGGAACACUACUAAAGGGAUCUCCCAUCGACCAGUGGUGCGAACUCAUGACCGAAGCAGCGAACAAUUUCGGCAGAUCAGCAGUCAGCGCCAAGUUGUACAAGCAGCAGAUGAUUGAUGCGGGUUUUAUCAAUGUUACUGAGGUGAUUUACAAGUGGCCCAGCAACAGAUGGCCCGCGGAUCCUUACUACAAGGAACUUGGAUUCUGGUGUAACCACAAUAUCGCUGGUGAACUGUCUGGCCUCUCCAUGGCUCUUUUCACGAAAGGGUUGGGCUGGAGUUUUGAAGAGGUGGAGGUUUUCCUGGCCAAGGUCAGAACUGAUAUGAGGGAUAGACGUAUUCAUGCUUGGUGGCCCAUGUGA